ACGUCCAACCGUGCUGAGUCAGAGAAAGGGAAGUUGCAGUGAAGACAUUGUUGUGUGUGUGUGAUUUGUGAAACUGAUAUUCAAUACGAUUUCUGCAAGUGACGAACCGUGAAAAUGUAUAUGAUCUCUUGAGACACGAAGUCUAUACUCUCCUCCUUUCAUGCUUUAAUGUAUUCAUAGUAAUAAUGAAUAGAUGAACUGUAAUAACGUGCAUGUCGGAAAAAUAGAAGAGAAGGGUAAAUUGUCUAUCUCUCUAUUAUCAGUAAAAUAACCUCGAAAGUUAAAGUGACAUGUGUGCAGAUGAUAAGCGAAGAUCUUAGUAAGAUUCCAUUCCCAAAAUAAAGUCCACUUGAUCAAGUGUGAUAAAGAAGUAAAAAAAAAAAAAAACGUUCACGGACAGAACAACAAACUAUUAAGAAUGGAAAUUGAUACCGAAUCUGCGAAAGGUGACAACGGCCUCAUGGUAACCAGCAGAAGCAAAGAGAACUAUGAUAGUGAAACUAGUGGUCAGCAUGAUUCUACAGAUAUUAAGAAACACCGCGCUGACUCCCUUGAUGAAGAAAUAGAUACCGUAAAGAACGUUGGCGAUAUGGAUGACGGAAGAGAUACGAAAGACCACGUUAAUACGACACAAAAUCAUAAUGGAACUCUAGCUAAUUCUAAAAGUCCAAUUGAAACGAAUAUCAGUAGUAAUAAAUCCUCUCACCUGAAGAAGGUAGCCAAAUCGGCAACACCUAAUCCCUCUAUUAUAAAGAAACCGCCUGAUGGAGGUUGGGGCUGGUUGGUGGCUUUUGGCAGCUUCAUCAUCACGACGCUGGUCUUCUCCCUGGCCGUCUGUUUCGGCAUCCUCUUCUCUCCCUUCUUCCUGGAUCUUGGCACGUCCUCCACCACCAUUGCCUGGAUCUUCAAUGUCCAAAUGUUUAUCUGGAAUUUCCUAAGUCCCUUCGUUCGACCUGCUGCCCAGGAGUUCGGCUGGAGAAGAAUUGGUUUCACGGGCGUGUUCUUUGUCUCUUCGUCGGUCGUCUGCUCUGCAUUCGCACCUUCGGCUGAGUUUCUCUUCUUCUCCUUCUCUCUUCUUAGCGGCAUUGGGUCAUGCCUGGCAGGAGGACUAUGCUUCCUCGUCGUGCCCACCUACUUCGACCGACGCCGAGGAACAGCAAAUGCAAUGUUGAUGUCAGGAAUAUGCAUGGGGCAGAUAAUGGGCGCUCCGUUUAUCCGCUAUCUGCAGGAGGAAUAUGCCUUCACGGGAGCUGCGUUGAUAUAUGGUGCUAUCAUCCUAAACUGUUGCAUUGGCGUGUCCUUCUUUCAGCCUCUUAAAUGGCACUUGAAGGAAACAACAGUCACAGAAAAUGGUGUACCUGAGGACGGUUCACUUCCCCUUCUAACAAAAGCAGAGAACACAGAAAAGAAUUCCGUGGAAGAAGCAGGAGCCAAAGUUCUAACACAGGACAUGAGAACCCAAGCAAGCAUCGUGAGAUCGAGAAUGCUAGAGAGGGUCAGCGAGACGUCCCACGUUUCAAAAACUUCGGAUAACAUGUCCCAGCUGUACGUCUCAUUGAUGGAGAUCCCCGAUUUGGCAAAUUCAGCAGAGACCGUUGCCAAGGACGGUAAAUCCUCUCAUCUCUGGGAACUCACUAAGCGCGUCUGUCGGUCUACACUAAACGACCUCCGGAUCUACCACUCACGGAGAGCUCUGAUCAUCAACCUCGGAAUCGGACUUUGCAUCAACAGCUACAUCAAUUUCAUCAUGAUGGUUCCCUUCAUGAUGCAGGCGAAUGGAUUCACUUUGCAGGACUCGGCUUGGUGCAUAUCGAUCUUCGGAAUUUGCAACUUGGUGACUCGCCUGUUUGUGUCUCCACUGACUGACUGGCCGAAGUUCAACAUGCGUCUGUGUUUCAUGAUGGGCUAUGCCAUCAUAUCCCUUACGAUGUUUGUUUUCCCACUACUAACCAGCCUCCUGUGGAUGGGGGUAGUCAUGGGGGUCGCAGGGUGUGGAAUCGCCGCCAACAUCACUCUCAACAACCUCAUUAUGAUCAAGUACAUGGGCCUGGAAAAGCUGCCUCAGAUGUUUGGCUCGUCGGCGCUUCUGAUCGGGUGCACGUUCAUCCUGUUCGGGCCUUUUAUUGGCUUUGUGCGCGACAUGACCGAGAGUUACGUCAUCAGCACGUGGAUCCUUGCCUCUACGUCGACCGGCAGCCUCGUUCUGUGGUUCUUCAUGCCCGCCGCUGUGGCCUACGACGCAAGGAUGGAAGCCAAGAGGAACAGGGAGAAAGAACACGUCUGAUAUCUUCUGUUCUGUCAUUUCUUUCGCUUUGCCAUGAGUUGAAAAGAAUCA